AUGCUUCACAUCCAUCGCAAGAGAGGCGCAUCGGGCCAGCCGCUGCCCAACCCCCACAAUGUGAGCCUCAAGACACGCUUGUUCGGCCAAAGUCAUUGGGCCGUCAGCGGUGUCUGUCUGGUUCGCGACAUCUUCAAUAUACUUGAACCCUACCUUCGUGACGAAUCAUCUCAAGCCUGGAUAGGCAUCAAGAAGUGCAAAGACCUAGCUCGGUGCAUCAAAGCGGCACGAGCACCCGCAUGGCCUUCAUGGCCAUCACCUCCGAUGUCCACGCUGCCUUCUAAAGAGGUAGCCGACGCGCUCGUUGAUAAUUAUCUCCGAACGACUGAGUCCAUCUAUCGAAUCCUACACGUUCCCGCCUUCCGCAGGGAGUAUGAGGCGCUCUGGAUAUCGGAUGAAAGGCCCGACAUGGCCUUCCUGAUGCAGGUUAAACUUGUGCUUGCCCUCGGCGCUGUCACCUAUGAUGAUUGGUUUUCGUUGCGGGCCUCGGCCAUUCAAUGGGUCUACGAAGCCCAGCUCUGGAUCUCGGGUCCAAAGUACAAGUCAAGGCUGAACAUUCAAUCUCUCCAGGCGAACCUGCUGCUUUUGUUUGCCCAGGAACAAGUGGGAUUUAAUGGAGAUCUGCCUUGGGUAUCGGCUGGCACGCUGCUGCGGAAAGCGAUCUAUAUGGGCCUUCACAGGGAUCCCGGCCGGCUACCCCAGAUGACGACUUUUGCAAUAGAAAUGCGUCGACGACUCUGGAACACCAUCCUCGAGGUCAAUCUGCAGUCUAGUUUGACCUCUGGUAGUCCUCCUUUAUUCUCUCUCAACGACUUUGACACGGCCCCUCCCAGCAACUUUGACGAUGAGCAGUUCGAGGCUCACGAUGCAGUUCCACGACCGGAAGGGGACUUUACCAAGGUCUCUAUGGCAGUGGCACUCCGCAGCACCUUUCCCUAUCGCUUUGAAGUGGUUACGUUCUUGAACAAUUUAGCCACUCCCAGAACAUAUGAGGAGACUCUCCAGCUCGGUGCGGUCCUGCGAGAGGUGUAUCGCAUGCUGGCACAGACCCUGCGAGGAUACACAAAGUCUGGCGCGGGACCCUCUCAAUUCGAGAUUCAGGUCGUGGAUCUCCUCAUGCACCGCUAUUUUUCUGCUCUGCACAUUCCGUUCUUCGGCCAGGCACGGCACGGAACCGCCUACGUCUUCUCGCAAAAGACGGUGGUCGACUCGUCGCUUAAACUGUGGCGAGCGGUGUGCCCGUCCCCAUCGCUGACGACCGGUCCUCCCACCAGCGACGCUUCCUUGUACAGCAACGAUCUGCCGCGACUCGUUACCUGCAGCUCGGGCUUUUAUCCAAGCGUGGCCAUACAUGCUGCCUUUCUCAUUGGGAUGGAGCUGUGCACGCAAUUACAGGAGGACGACGGCCUCUGUCCUACUCCGUUGCGCCCAGACCUUCUUUCGGUGUUGGAGGACGCAAAGGCAUGGUGCUUGAGGGUUAUCAAGGCCGGUGAGACCAAUGUCAAAGGCUACUUGCUCAUGAGCAUCGUUUCGGCCCGGGUCGAAGGACUAAUGCGCGGCCUUGGAGAGAACGAAGCUACUAGUCUACUGGUCAAAGCCGUCGAAAAUGUUGGAGAGAAAUGCUUGCCAAUCUUGGAAGAGAUGGCAGCCUCGAUACAAGAGCAGAGUGGAGGGCCAGUGGAUGACAUGGCAGACGAGAUGACGAACGACUGGAACUUUCUAAAUCCUGAUGCGCCUUUCAGUCUGGGUGACACCGACCCAAUAAGCUGGAUCUUCAACGAAGAUUUUGAUCAGGGGUUUUUGGAACCCUAG